GGUGCGCACGUCAACAUCCCAACCCGGAAGUAGGAAGCUCCAACCGAAAAGAGCGCCUAGAAUCAAAAGUGGAAACGUUCCGCUGAAGGUCUUUUUGCUUGUGUCUCUGCAGAGUCCUCCUGCCCACUGUGACCAUGAGUUUCUCCCCUGGUCCGUCCGGUCCACCCGGGGGCACCAGUAUCCAGGAGCAGAGGGACCGCUGGGAGAGGAAACGCAGCCGAACAGCCAGAGAGUUGGUGCAGACAGAACAACGCUACUGCCAGCAGCUGGAGCUGGUCACCACUUACUUUGUGGAGAUCCUAAAGGCCAAAGGAACCCUGAAGCAGGACAUUAGAGAAGGCAUCUUCAGUUCAAUUAAAGCCAUUCUCUCAGUAAACCGAUCUCUGCUGGUCCAUUUGGAAAACGGCUACUUUGGCCGAGGCUUCGAGCAGAUGUGUCCACAUCUGCACCACUACAACAUCUAUGUGGACAACAUCUACGAUGCCAGCAGAGUGCUCGGGAUCCAGCUGAAGAAAAACAAGGCCUUCAGACGCUUUAAGAAACUACAGGAGGCCCGACCAGAGUUCAACAACCAUAAUCUUGAGGAUUUGCUUCAACUUCCCGUUCAGCGGAUCGAUCAGUAUAAACAUUUCCUCCAGGACCUGGCUGCCAACACGAGUCCAGACAACCCAGAGUUUCAGCAGCUUUCAAGGGCAGUGACCGCGGUGGACGAGGUGUCCCAGCGUAUCCAGAACAAUGCCCGGCGCCAUGACAACCACCUGCAGCUAUGCCGGGUACAGAAACUGCUGAAGGGGCGAAAGACGAAGGUGUCUGCUGCAGGGAGGUGGUACAUCCGCGAGGGCUGGCUGAAGGUGGUUCCUGCUAAAGGGGCCGACGCGACGCCCAAGAUGUUCUUCCUGUUCUCUGACAUGCUGCUGCAGGCCAAGCGCUGCAGCCCGCUACAAUUCACCAACAAAGACAAGUUCAUCGGCCAGCACGCCUUCCCCCUGCAGGACUGCACUGUGGAGAAGGUGUUUGGCCACACCAGGAGCCAGGGAGGCCUGCUCAGCUUAACCUUCCCCAAAGCCAAACUCCUGCUGAUGUCCUGCAACCAGGAGGAUCUCAAUGACUGGUACCAAAGCCUGAGCUCAGCUAUCAGGAAGCUGCAGUGUAAGCAGACCGUAGUCCAUCAGAGAGACGACGAGUUGUGCCGCAGACCGCUCCGAUCAGCCGCCGACAGCCACAACACGCCGAGCAGCAGCAGGAAGAGAAACAUGGUGAGCUCUGAUCCUACUGAGCAUGCUCAGAAGCCUCCAGUUGAGUGCGAGGGCAGUGCGCCCAAGAGGAUGAAGCAGUGCGACGCUCCACAGCAGAGCAGUGCAGAGGAGUCCUCUUCCAGCUGUGUGAUCCUCUGAUGGACUUCGGUCUGAGAUGACGGUGGAUCCUUCACGGUCUGUCUGAGAGUUUCACUUCAGACCGACGUGUGUUCCACUCAGUUUGUCGACUGUGCUGUUAGCAUUUACUUUUACUGUGCAAGUCAGGAGGUUGUGAUUAUUACUAACAGCAGCCUCUGCUCACCCUGUGCAUGGAACUCUCUUAAUCUGCUGCUUUAAAGACCAAAUAUGUGAUGAAUGUUUAACUGUGUACUAUAUGUUGCUGCUGCUUGUCUCCACUUACGAUGUUGUAACACCAAUACUGCAGUAGGCAGUGUUUUCAUGAGUCCCCUUCUGGAAAUCAUUUUCCCGGUCAGUACCUGAAUGCACCACUCUGCCAGGCUUUUCAGGCAGUCUUCAUUUUACACUGCAUUUACAGGCAGACUUUAGAAAGGAAAUAAGUUUUGGAUUAACGCUAAAAUAAACUAUACAUAAAGUGCAUGAUGGGAAACGACACAGUAGUCAGCUAAUUCCAGGUGGACCACAGGGCUUGUACUUUGUCCCACUUUGGAUGUAAAAAUGAGGGCAGUGUGAAACCUUAGCCAGCAUCAUUUAAAAACUUUUCACUUCCACAUAAACGGAGCAUUCCCACCUCUGAUUUUGUCCAGCAGCUGUUCUCACUGACAGAGGAGGAAACAGACGUGAUGUUUCCUUCACUGUAUUUACAAGAUAUCAAAGAGACCAUGUUACAUUCAUGACAUAUGGUAUUUACCAUAAUCACCAGGUUCAGUCUUAGAGAUGGGUUAUUAUCUCUGAAACUACAAAAAGGCUAAUAUUAAAGCAAUCAUGUAACCAUUAUGAAAUAAAUCAUAUGAAUAAAUUGAGUAAAAUAUAGAACAGAUAUGUACCAAAUAUAUUUUAA